GCCUAGUACAAAAGACUGCAACCAAUUGAGAAUACAAAUAAGUGGGGUUGGUGUUCCAGGCCCGGAGCGCGCACCUCUGCAACUAUUUACUCCUAUUUGCAGAACUGGUGGUGGUGACUGAGCUCAUGGCUUCUGCCUUCAUCUCUACAGCUUCUACCCCGGCGAGGCCCUCCAAAUCUAGCCAGUGAACCCAGCCAUCACUAGAAAAAUGACCGAAGAACCCAUAAAAGAGAACCUGAGCGCCCCAAAGCCUCCCACAUCUAUAAUGAUGGAGAAAAGUCCCAAGGCUUCACCCAAGGGUGAAGUCGUGAUCACCACCGUCCCUUUGGUCAGCGAGGUUCAGCUGAUGGCCGCCACAGGAGGUGCCGAACUCUCCUGCUACCGCUGCAUCAUCCCCUUCGCUGUGGUGGUUUUCAUCGCCGGGAUUGUGGUCACCGCGGUGGCUUACAGCUUCAAUUCCCACGGUUCCAUCAUCUCCAUCCUCGGCCUGGUCCUUCUGUCUUCUGGACUUUUUUUACUGGCUUCCAGUGCUUUGUGCUGGAAAGUGAGACAAAGGAGCAAGAAAGGCAAGAGACGGGAGAGUCAGACAGCUCUCGUGGCCAAUCAGAGAAGCUUGUUUGCUUAAGACUGAGUGA